CUUCUUUCUCCUCCCAUCUCUGUCCGGAGCUAUCAACAGGGAAAGGAAGGAGCUCAUCUAUUGAUCAGGGAAAGAAAAAAGGAGGUGGCUUAGCAAGAAGGGAUCUCCCCCAUCCCUCCAUCCAGUCAUCCACCCAUCCUUUCCCUUUAUCCUCCAGUCGGCAGCUUCUCCAGCAGCAGAGGCGACGCCUGUCAUUUCAGCACCAGAGGUCCUGGACAGCUCCCAUUGCUGCUACUCCUGGCUCCCAAGGAAGCAUCCUUCUUGCCUCCAAGGGCCCUCUCCAUCUUCCUGCUCCAGCCAGAAGGGCCUGGUCCUCUCCUUUGGGCUUUCCCCCCAAACCAAAGCCAAACCGGCAAAGAAGAUCCGAGGGAAGGAAGAAUGCUUCUGAAGCUGGCUUUGCUGGUACCAGUGCUGGCUUUGAUGGUAGGCCAGGUCCACAGCUUUCCCAAACCCGAGGGUGCCAGAGGAGAUAAAGCCAUACACAACAGAGAACUAAGUGUUGAGAGACCUCUAGAAGAACAGAUUGCUGAAGCUGAGUCAGAUAAAAUGAAAAAAACAUCCUCCAAAGAAAAUCAGCCAGAAUUCAGAAAUUAUUCUUUUGCCGACGACUUGAACCUUCUGAAAUCAGCAGUGGAAAAAGAGAGAAAGGAAAAAGAAAGGGCAUCAAUCAGAAGCUCAUUCUAUGAUCAACAGCUUGCCCUUGAUGAUGCUGAUUCCACCAAGAGUCGCAGGCUGGUGGAGGAUUAUGACUCCACUAAAAGCGGUCUGGACUAUAAAUAUCAAGAUGACCCAGAUGGACUGCAUCAGCUUGAUGGUACACCACUGACGGCUGAAGACAUUGUCCAGAAGAUUGCCACGAGAAUAUAUGAGGAAAAUGACAGAGGAGUCUUUGACAAAAUUGUUUCCAAGCUUCUAAAUCUGGGGCUAAUUACAGAAAGCCAGGCCUACACACUGGAGGAUGAAGUGGCUGAAGUGUUACAGCAGCUGAUUGCUAAUGAAGCCAAAGAUCGGGAAAAGGCAGCUGAAGAUCUGGAUUACCUUCCAAGCAGAACUGACAUUAAUACCAACAUGAAACCAGAGGAGAAAAUGGUACCAAAAACCACCGAGCAAGAUGAUACAUUAGAUAAUGCAUGGGCAUCCUCCAACAUCUUAGAAAGAAGAAAUGAGCUGCCUCCUGAGGAUAACUUUGAAGAUCUCCAGUAUUUUCCUAAUUUUUAUGAACUACUGAAAAGCCUUAACUCCGAGAAAGAAGCCAAGGAAAAAGAAACACUGAUCACAAUCAUGAAGACUUUAAUAGACUUUGUGAAGAUGAUGGUUAAAUAUGGAACUAUCACACCAGAGGAAGGUGUUUCAUAUCUAGAAAACCUGGAUGCAAUGAUAGCUCUACAGACGAGAAAGAAACUUGAGAAGCCCGGUCCCAAAACCAAGCUCCUGUCAGACAAGAGCACUGAAGAGACCGACAGCACAAAAGCGGCAGCAGCUAAAAUGGAAAAAGAAUAUGAAACGCUGAAAGAUUCCACAAAAGUUGAAGAACAAAACACAGGGAACAAUGAAGAGCCCAAAGGAAAAGCAGAGGCGUAUUUGGAAGCCAUCCGAAAGAACAUAGAAUGGCUGAAGAAGCAUAACACGCAGGGAAACAAAGAAGAUUAUGACCUUUCUAAACUUCGAGACUUCAUUGAUCAACAAGCGGAUGCUUAUGUGGACAAGGGCAUCCUGGAUAAAGAAGAGGCGGAUGUGAUCAAACGGAUCUAUGGCAGCCUGUGAAGAAGAGAAGAGGAAAUGUCUCCUGAAACUGUAGGGGAUUCUAGUCUAGUUCCACCCACAUCUAGUUCUAUGACCUACCACCUUCUUCCUCCCCUCCCCUGAAGAGAUUAUUAGAAGUAUCCUGUCUGCAUUGUACUGAAUAUUUUCAGGUUCCAUUUUUUUGUUGUCGUUAACAAUCCACAAUGGCUGCAUAUUCAUUCUUUCCUAUACCUUAAUCAUCCCAUCUAAGGCAGAAUUUUGCUGCCUAUUCUAUAGUUAACAGGGUAAAAUGCUGACACUAUAUUCCCUUUAGCCUGACUUCUGACAUCAUGCUGCUCUUCUAGAAAGGGCCACUGUUUCUAGAUCUCUGCUUGGGGAAGGGGACAGCAGCCAACCUCUUAACAUCAUUCGAAGGCUUUUUAGGGAUACUAUACUGUAAAUUUACAAAGGGCAUUAUUAAGGUCGAAGGAAAAUAAUCUUUCAACUCACUAUUUGCAAGGAAAUCUCAUAUUCAAGUUCCCAUUUGUUGUGACCAAUCUUUCAUAUCCAACUUGGUCCUGUUGGAACGCAUCAUUAUAGUAUAUCACAAUUUCCUUGCUAUGUGUGCAUUCUGUCUUGUGUCUCUGUCUGUUUGCCAUUGAAGUAGUUGCUCUAUGUUCAGCACUGCAUCAGCUCUUACAGAGAGAAAGAACUGUAUCAUCACAGCAUUGCUACAGUCAGGUACAGUAGCAAUGUCACAGACUCACUUCAUCGCUCUUGAAUAAGUGCUAUUUCUCCAUGCAUGUCUAAAGAAUGGAAUUCUUGAUGUGAGUAGCGUAAGGACACAUGUACAUAACUGUUGAUUUCUAAGGAAAAAGCAAAACUGUUUAAAAACAAACCAUUUGAGGAGCUUAGAAUUAGAGGUGUGCUUGGGACUUCGGCCUAAAUCCAGCCGGUGGCCUCUAACUACAGGAAUAUAAAGGUUUUUAAAGAGUUCCUGGAGAUCAUCAAUGAUGAGACUGUAUAUACUUCCCUUACUGUAGAACAGCCACCAAUGAAAAGACCCUGGUCCUAGCUUCCACAUAUCCAACAAUUCCUUCCUACAGGGCCAUGAGAGUAGAUCUUAAACGUCAGACAGGUUCAUACUGGUGCAAACAAGAAAUAAUCAUACACUUGGCAAAUGUGUGUGCUGUCUUGCUUAAUGAGGAAAAUGGCUUAAAGAGGACUCCUUUCUGAUUUUAUUUUGGAAAUCCCUGUUUUGUUCCAAUUCCCUGCUUUGCAAUGGAAACCAACUGGGUUAUCUUGGGUAAGUCUCACGCUCAGCCCCGAAAAAACCCAUAAUAGCUUUGAUCAAGGAUUGAUCAAUGACUUGAAGGCACACAACAUUUUGUUUAUCCCUGAUAUAAUCAGACUCCAGCUCCCCAGGUCAGUUAAUUUUAAUCCAGUAUAAAAUUGGAAAGAACAGAACCAAAAUCUAGGACCUUUCAAUCAGUCUCAAGUUUCACACAUCCAGCUCAGCAUUAAAAUGCUGAAGCAACAGAUGAUGCCCUGCUGCAUGAAAGCCCUGAUGGAUGCCAUUGCCAACUCUUGCUAGCUUUUUGAAAACUGAAAUCCAUCUGUCUGCAUUUUGCUUUUUCCACUAGGAUUUUCCUGUAAUUGUCAAAAGGUGAAAUGGUAUUUUUUUAAAAAUUUGAUUUGCUGUACGAGUUCAAAGCAACCAUUCCCCUUUUCCACUGGACAAUUUUUCUUUCCCCCAUCAAAUUUAUUUCAUACCACCUUGAGGUGUACACAGUCCCUACAAAUAGUGUACACAUAAAAUAGUAAGCAAACUAUUUAAUCAAUAUAAAUAAAAUUAAAUAAACAAAUGGUCUUAAUGUUUCAAAAUCAAUCAAUAAACAAGAAAGAAAGGAUGCCCACAGUUUACACUGCAACUGGCAAAAUGGAGAGCAGCACUAUUCUUUUCAAUUAAAUGCAGGUUGCAUUUUUAUAACUGGUGGGACAUAUAUGCACAUCUUUUCUUAGUAGAAGAAAAAUUGUGGCAUUUUAAGACUUUCUGGAAUUCUCUUUCAUGACUCUUGAUGUACGGUAUGAAUCACAGAAGUAGAACUCCUUCAAAUAUACCCUUUUCAGUGGAACAUACCUACUCAAAGUACAGCGGUCCCAACAUACAAUAGUCUCAAUAAUCCAAAGAUUAGAUUCAUAAUCUUUGGAGAAGGAUGGUUGAUAGUAAAAAAAUCCAAAAGUAUCAGCAUAUUCUCCAAUUGUGUUGAUUCGGCAGAAAUAGUCCUGAUAAAGCCUGUCGUCCCAACUUUUCAGUUGCUUUUAAAAAGUCUGUUUUUCUUACCUCCUCCACUUUCACCCCUUUGUCCUCAUCUUACUUCAAUUGCAAAAGUAGUUUGCGGUAAUCUACCUCAGCAGUGGAGCAAGGAGAGGAGGGGAAGAAUCAUGUUCUUUCUAGUGGUUUCAAGAAAAAGCAGACUCCGGCAGUUUCUUCUAGCUUGUAUGUUCGUCAUCAUAAAUGACGUUUGCCAUCUGUGAAAUGCUGGAGAGUAUGAAUAGCAGGUUAACACCUUCAUUAGUGGUAACUAGAAGUGUUACCCAAGAACCUUACUCAUUCAAAUUAAUGAACAUGAUUCCAAGUUUAUCAAUUCUUAAUCAGACUGGAUUACUAUGUGAACAAAUGGACCCAAACAGACAGGCCAAAAUAAAGCUGCUUCAGGUCACUUUUGGAGGUGUGCUGUUUAAAUGACACAUG